ACGACUUCCUCCUUCCCUGCCCUAUGGCUUUACGAGUAAGUGCUUAUUCGGCGAGCCUCGAAGAAAUGUGGCGGGGUGAACAGAAAAGUGGUUUAUAGGUGUCAGUGGUUAAUUUUUCAGCUACCUGGACAUGAAACUUUGCGCGUGGUAGCAUAACUUCUUUGGAGACUUUUCAGCUUUUCAGCACAGCGGCUCGCAGGAGAGAACAACUUGUAUAAUGGCAGCAAUCAAGAGUUCUCUGGACCAAGUUUAUGGAGGAAUAUAACGGGGAGGCCUGAGAAACUUCAGAAACUUCGUGGGGACAGCACAAGUGAAGCGUCAAGAUGAAGAAGCAAUUUAAUCGGAUGAAACAGCUCGCCAACCAAACGGUUGGAAGAGCUGAGAAGACUGAAGUCCUGAGCGAUGAUCUCCUGCAGAUUGAACGUCGGAUGGAAAAUGUGCGAUCAGUCUCACACAACGUCCAUAAGAAGAUGCAGCUGUGCCUACAGGGUCAAGCUGGGGCUGAUGUGGACAAAAGACAUAAAAAGCUUCCGCUCACAGGCCUGGCACAGGCCAUGAAGGAUGGAAGUGGUCACCUAGGAGACGAGUCUCUGAUUGGUAAGAUGCUGGACUUGUGCGGAGAGGCUGAAGACAAGCUGGCGUAUGAUCAGAGCGAACAUGAAGUGACGAUCCAGAGAGACAUCCUGGAUCCUCUGAACCAGCUAGCAGAGGUGGACAUUCCCAACAUAUUAAGGAAUAGGAAGCAGUUAGCCAGGCUGGUCCUCGACUAUGACUCAGCCAAAGCCCGACAUUAUCAGGCCAUAAAGUCUGGUCAUACUAAUAACCAGUCCAUUUUGACCAAGGCCAAAGAUGAGGUGGACGAGGCCCUCAACAAAGUGGAGAUAUGCAAGGAUCAACUGGCUGCAGACAUGUACAACUUCUUUUCAAAGGAAGGAGACUAUGCCCGCUAUUAUGUCAUGCUCCUCCAGGCUCAGGCUGACUACCAUCGGCGGUCACUAGAUGUCAUUGAAAAGGCCCUGCCAAACAUACAGGCCCAGCAAGAUUCCUGGAUGGAGCAGCCGGCGUUCGGGUCUCCUCUGGAGGACCACCUGAAGCGUAACGGCCGGGACAUCGCUCUGCCCAUCGAGGCCUGCGUCAUGAUGCUGCUGGAGACAGGCAUGAGGGAAGAGGGCCUCUUCCGCAUCGCAGCGGGAGCCUCCAAACUGAAAAAGUUGAAGGCGGCGUUGGACUGUUCCACUUCCCAGCUGGAGGACUUCUACUCUGACCCCCACGCCGUCGCUGGAGCGCUGAAAUCCUACCUGAGGGAGCUGCCGGAGCCCCUCAUGACCUUUCACCUUUAUGAUGAAUGGAUCUCAGCCUCAAGUUUUCCAGACACAGACACACGGCUCCAAGCCCUAUGGGUGGCAUGUGACAAAAUGCCAAAGCACAACUACAAUAAUUUUAGGUAUUUGAUCAAGUUCUUGUCCAAGCUUGCUCAAGACAGUGACAUCAACAAGAUGACUCCAAGCAACAUUGCCAUAGUGCUGGGGCCCAACCUGCUCUGGGCCAAAACAGAAGGGUCUCUGGCUGAGAUGGCAGCCGCCACUUCUGUCCAUGUGGUUACCAUCAUCGAGCCCAUCAUUCAACACGCUGACUGGUUUUUCCCUGAUGAUGUGGACUUCAACGUGUCAGGCCAGUUUGCGGCCCCUUCGUUCCACCCCACCUCGCCGGGUCCCCUGGAUGGCAGUGAUGCGACGCCCCUGGAGCGGAGGAGGCCGGGGAGCCUGACAGGGCAGUCGGAGGGCAGCGGCAGCGAGAGCCCCCGCAAAGACAGCGUGGGCAGCCGAGAGAGCCUGACCUCCAUCUGCUCCAACUCCUCCAACUCCACUCCGCAGCAGCCCCAGAGGAACGGACCCCCAGGGACGGGAGCCUCCACUGGAGGGACACCCAACCAGCUGAGCGCAGGAACCCCAGCAUCUGGCACCAAAGGGCCCAGCCCCAUCAUCAAUCGUAGAGGCACAAAGAAGCAGGCUCCAGCUCCUCCCAAGCCAGCCCAACAGAGCAGCACCCCGACGCCCCAGCCGGCACCCACUGCCUCCACCUUCACCCCAUCAGUCACUCCAUGCCGGCCCGCCCCAACCCCUAACCCCAACCCCAACCUCAACUCCUCAGGACCUGCACCCUCCCCCCAGCCCACAGCCUUGCCCCGUCGCCAGUCCACCUCCCAGAUGCCCCUGCACGCCCCCAACCACCCGCCUCCUCAGCCCCCACAGGCCCCUAGUAGUAUUGCUGUUGUUGGAGGUGGAGGUGGUGGUGCUGCUGAACCAGAGCCAGAGUCUCCCAGCACCCCCACCCCACCGGACACUCCUCCCCACGACACAGGCUCCUUACCCAGGCCCAAGCCGGCCCCCAGGCCCAGAGCGCGGCCCAACGUCCCUCCGCCACCCAACCCCCCCACCAAUGGAGUCUGCGGAGGCUCAGCCUCCAAGAUCAUCACAGAAGGGGAUCUGAAGAGUAUGGGGAGGGCCCUCAUUCCCGACAUCAAUAUGGACCAGGCUCCGGCCCCUGACCCUCCUUCCCCAGACCCUGAGCUCCAACCAGAAAGCACAGCCCUGUGACGGACAUGGCUGUCUAGCCAAUCACACUCCUUACUUUCCACAAGCCAUCAGAAUAGAACUCAUCUUACUUGCCAACCCCGCUAGUGUGUACUGUAUUGUCUGCUGCCCCAGCAGGAGGUCUGGGCUGGUAAAAAGCUGCACUGUACACACACACACACACACACACACACACACACACACACACACACACACACACACACACACACACACACACACACACACACACACACACAGUAACAUACUUACAGCUCUGAGGAUGCCAUGGACCUACAGGACCUUCAAAGCUGCUACUUCGUCUGGAUCUGGGAUUCCUUUCUGAUGGAUGUGAAUUUUGUUGAUAUCUGUAAUUCUAGGUAUUACUUCAAGUGUUCUGCUCUUACACACACACACUCACACACAUGCACGCACGCACGCACG